AUGGAUUUUAAACAAUUAAAAUCAAAUCCUACGCUAAAAAUGAAUGAUUCGUCGUCUUUUACACCCAAUAAACCUAUCGCGACUCAUGGUUUGCUUCUUACAAGACAGAAACUCAAUUCUUCUAGUAAAAUGUCUUCUUCAGUUGAACCUUCCAAACUUUCCAAUGACGACGCAAAUUCCAUAGAUUCUAAUGAGAUUGCUGCUGGUGGUCUUGGUGAAACCAAUUCUACUGUUGUUAAUGAUACCGAAACCAAACAAAGUGAAAGCAAUGUUAUUGAAGCAGAAAACAAUAACGAGCAAAUUUCUCCUUUAAACAAUGAUGGGAUCAUCGAAAACAAUAAAUCUGUUGAAGUUUAUCAUUCUAAUGAUACGCCACCAAAUACCUCAGCACGAAAAUCAUCAACUGUAUCUAUUAACCGAUUUUCAUCAGCUCAACCUUCUCCUAGUGCUUUGCAGCCUUACAUCAUCAAUGAUGUUGACGAAGGAAAAAAACAAGACGGAAUUGACGUAUCGACCAUCCCAAGCAAUUCAACUUCUCUUCCAACGACUGAAAUUGCUGAUGCCAAAAUUUUGGAAAAUAUGGCUAUCAGUAAUUCAACCGUUGUGGAUAGUAGAAUGGUUGAUCAAAGUACUGAAAGUACUGAACGUGAUGGUGAAAUCGUAGUCGCCAAAGAUGAUAGUGGUAAUAAGACUAACAAGAGCAUUUUAAAGAAAUGGAAAAGAAAGGUUAAGAGCAGCGUAAAGAAAGCCAUUAGAAUUCCCAGAUUGGGACGUUCUGUUAAUUUACAUAUGUCCCAAUCACCCACUGUGCAACUUUUAAAAAAGAGCAUACCAGGGUAUGAUGGUUUUGCCAAAGUCCCUCAUGAAAUUAUGAUUAAUAUUAUGGAUAACUUGGAAGUUAAUGACGUUUUAUCGCUGUCUAUGGUCAACAGAAAACUUCGAGCUCACACACAUGACAAUUACUUAUGGCGUCAAAUCUUAUUGAGCCAGUACGGUGAAAUUGCUAUACAAAAUCAUCAAGAUAGGUUGUUAAUAAACAAUCAUCGUAAAGGAAAAUGGAAGCGUACAAAAAAUAAGCAGAUUUCUUCGGUACCGGAUUGGAAGAAAGUCUACAUGCGUCUAUCAACUGUCAAGGUUAAAACCAAAACCGCCUUCUCAAGGGGUAGACCUGGGACUUUCUACCGUUACAGAUAUUUUGAUCAUAAGGAGAAUGAGCCUAGCAAUAGGAUGAAACAAAAACAACGUUCUUUCAAUAUUGAAAUUACGAUAAGCAAUGUGCCGCCUGGCAUUUAUGAUAUUAUUUGGCGUAUGAAGAUUGAUAAAUCUACAGAGAGACCAAUUGUGAAUUUUUCUACAGAUAUAUGGUUGAGGCAUGACAUUUAUCUAAACUCAUAUGAACGUGAGGCUAAAUAUAAAUAUUCGCCAGACCCGGAAGAACUUGUUAAAGUAUUUGAUAAAGGAUGGUUUCAUUUUCGCCUUCCUUAUCAAAUUGAGAUUUCAAAGAUCGAAAAUUCUGAGGAUAGAAGAUAUCAAGUACACACUGGAAUCAAAUGUUACACCGAAAAUAUCACCAAAUCUUCAUCCGUUAAAGGUCCUUUCUCGGUAGAAUAUGUUUGUUUGAGACCACAUAUUCCGUAUGAUGAUUGCCCGAUCAACAAUAACGAAAAUUCUUCCGCUGUACAGAAUAAUUCUAGUUGUAUUAAUAGCGUGAAUGGUUGUGAAAUGAAUACAAAAAGGAACAGUUUUGGAAAUUUAAAAAAGAAUAAAAGGUUAUCCAAGAUAUUAUGCGUUGCAUAA